GACACGUGACCCGUUCACCUGUGCCCAACCUGUUUAUCCCGGCUGCUGCUCUGAGUCGCCGCUCAAGGAUAAAUUAAAAAGAUACUCGUCGUUUACACUGAAAGUCUGACCUUCUCCAACUGGUUUCACACAGUCAGCUGUUCCGGCUCGCGCAGCAUUUGUGAUUUUAUGAUUACAGGUUUAGUUUGAGCUGUUAUCUCGCGGACUUUGACCUCGGGUAGGCACCUGUUUCAAACAAGGAAGUCCCGUCUGUCAAACCUGGCGUUGAUAAUGUCGGGCCGCUGGUAAAUGGCAGUAAAAGAGGUCGUUUGGCUACAUUGAAAAGCGGUUUUAUUCUCCAUGUUGACCUGUAACACUGGCUUUGUGGACAGUAUCGACUGAACGGGAUAAAGCUGCUUCCUGCCCCAGACAAGAUGAACAUUUAUCUGGAAGACAUGGAUUCAUCAAGCGACAAUAACUCUAUUGUUCACCUGGAUGCACCGAUCCUCCCAGACAAGUCCGACAUCUCCAACAUGACAAUCAUCCGAACUGGCAACGGCUCGAUCAUAGUAGACCAGAUGUUUCUCAACACUGUGGCUGCUCAGGCCCUCUCAGGGAUAUUUGUGUGGUUUGCCUUGCUCCUAACAUGCCACCAGAUCUAUACACACCUGCGAUCCUACACUGUCCCCAACGAGCAGCGCUACAUCAUCCGCAUCCUGUUUAUCGUGCCAGUUUAUUCCUUUGACUCUUGGCUCAGUCUGCUCUUCAUCAGCAACGACCAGUACUAUGUGUACUUUGAUUCUGUGCGAGACUGCUACGAAGCAUUUGUCAUUUACAAUUUCCUGAGCCUGUCCUUUGAGUAUCUGGGAGGAGAGAGUGCCAUCAUGUCGGAGAUCCGGGGGAAGUCCAUACAGUCCAGUUGUCUGUAUGGCACCUGCUGCCUCGGUGGAAUGAGCUACUCCAUCGGCUUUUUAAGAUUCUGCAAACAGGCGACUCUCCAGUUCUGCGUUGUCAAACCCAUCAUGGCAGUCAUCACCAUCAUCCUGCAGGCCUUUGGCAAAUAUCAUGAUGGAGAUUUUAACAUAACUGGCGGAUACCUAUACAUCACAAUCAUCUACAACUUCUCAGUCAGCCUGGCUCUCUACGCUCUCUUCAUCUUUUUCUUCGCCACAAGUGACCUGCUCAGGCCGUUUGAACCGGUGCUCAAAUUCCUCACCAUCAAAUCUGUCAUCUUCCUCUCCUUCUGGCAAGGCAUGGUCCUCGCCAUCCUGGAGCGUUCGGGCGUCAUCCCCAACGCGCUCUUCAUCGAAGGACAUGAGGUCCACGCCGGCACCGUGGCAGCAGGCUGGCAGAACUUUAUCAUCUGCAUCGAAAUGUUCUUUGCCGCUAUCGCCCUCCGAUAUGCCUUCACCUGCACCGUCUACCAGGAGAAAAAAAAUGAAGUGCCAGAAAACAUCCCCCCUAUGCACAGCAUCUCUAGCGGUCUGAAGGAGACCAUAAACCCGGGAGACAUGGUUCAGGACGCCAUCCACAACUUCUCCCCAGCCUACCAGCAGUACACGCAGCAGUCCACACAGGAGGUGGUGCAGCCCAACGGAAAAGUGGCCGCAGCCAACAAGCGCAAGUCUGACAAGAUCAUGCUGAUCGCCUCUGAUGACGAGUUCUAGACAUUUCUCCAGCAAGAUGGUUCUCCCCCCCCCCCCCCCCAUGAAUCAUUUAAGCACCAAGAGGAGGACGACAUUAUGAGAAGCUUUUCUUCAUCGUGGCAGUAAUAAUCACUUCCCUGCAUCGGAGACAUCUGGAGCUACGCAUGUCCUUUAUUUCAAGCUGCUGGAUGUUGAGCGGUUACCCCUAAUCCUGAUUCUGUUUCCUUCAUUAUGUCAGUGCUCACUCGCUGGCCGUCUGAAGUGCGCUCCCUCUGGUUCAUGUCACUUUCAAAGAGGAGAUGAUUAAUAUGUGACUCCAGGAGGGAAGCAGGGAAGGCGGCGAUGGCUGCGAAUGACACGUCAUGGACCGUCUCUCGCAUCUGCUUGUUUGAAGUAUUUGCUGAGCAUUCCUCUGCAUGGGUUCCUGACAAAUGGAAAGAUUUAUUCAGAGACACGUUCGUUUUGGAGCAGGCACUUCAAACUGCAGACUAUAGCACUUUGCAAUCCUUUGUAUCUACCGUAGCAUGGACAAAUUGGAUAAACCUGUCUCCUACAAAGUGGGACUUGUAUUCUUCUCAUUAAUUUUCCCAGCACGCUAAAGAGUUUAAACUAGACAGCCGUACAACAGACGCUAACGAUACAUAUUUGUGCAGCGUCUGCGCUAUUGUAAAUGCUUUUGACGUGUUCACAUCACUGUUAAUGUUAUAAUUACAUGUUGCAGAGAUUAUGAAAUGUGCACAGAAUGUGAUCGGUGGAAAUUGUGGUGUUUAUAUUCUAUUUGUGUAAAAGUGGAUUAUAAUGUGUGCAGUUCAGGCGUAGUCAGACCAAACUAAACUCUGUGUGCUUUAAGAGACUUAGUUUCUUCUGCAGAAAUGAUGCGUUUGCUUUCUGAGUACAUUAAUUAUUGGAGACCAUUUUUGUGUCUCGAGUCAUUGUUUUAAUUUCCAAACCUUCUUGUGCCAAGAAUAGCUGACUUUCUGGGAAAGCAGAACUUUAAUUUACAGUUGGUUACAAAGUAAUAUUUGAAAUUAUAUGAAACGGUUGACUUGUGUGUGUUUUAGUGCGUUUUUGUUUUUUGUGGCACAAAUUAAACUGAUUGUUUUUGCGUGUGUAACUUGAAA